AUGGGGCGCAGAAAGAUAGAGAUCAAGGCCAUCAAAGAUGACCGCAACCGCUCCGUCACUUUCCUCAAGCGGAAAGGUGGUCUGUUCAAAAAGGCGCACGAGCUGUCCGUACUGUGCUCCGUCGACGUCGCCGUCUUCAUCUUUGGCAACAACAAGAAGCUCUACGAGUAUUCGUCCUCGGACAUGCGAGAUCUCAUCCACAGAUAUCAGCUGCAUGGUGCCAUCAACGAACAUAAGGGUCCCGCCGACUUCAAUGGCGGCAACGAUGACGAAGACGACGAAGACGUCGACGCAAGCCCUCCCCGCGCAGCCGAAGGUGUCGAGCCCCAGAUGAUGCCUCCUCAGUUCCACGGCCAGCAGCCCCCCUUUUCCCAGAUCCUUCGCCACCACACUCCCUCCGCCUCUCCUCCCAUUGCCAACGGCGUCCCCUACCACCACCCGGGCCACAACCCACGGGGCGCCACGCCCCAGCCGCCCAUGGGGUCGCGUCCCAGCUCGAGAAACGAUGGGCCGCAUCCCGGCAUCACGUAUAUGCCUACUCCGCCCAUCUACAACCCAUCCGCGAAUGGACCCGGCCUGAUACCCCAGCACGGCUACCCAACACAGCACCCUCCGCCCCCGCCCCCGCCUCCACCCCCGUCGCACGCCGCUCCCGUCGCCGCCCGCCCCCAACCGUCACCGCCCCAGCCCAAUGCCCAGCACCUGCCGCCUCAUCCGCCCCCUCCACCAGUCGAGCCCAAGACGGAGCCCUCGGACCGACCGCAGCCGCCGUUGUUGAACACCGAUACAGCCGUCAAGAAGAUGCCGCAGCGCAAGUCUCACAGCAUAUUCACCCCCAUCGAGGAAAACCGCUCCAUCCUCUCCCAGCACCUGGCUUCCUUUGCCGCCGAGCCGCAGGCCGUCAAGGCCGAGCCGGGUCCGGCCGGCGCCGCACCGCCCCACAACCGUUCUCAGUCGGUCGACGCCCCCGCCCCCGCCUUGCGCGACGGAACUGCGACGUCUCCUGAGCUGAAGCGCUCGAGCACGCAAGGCAGCCUCGACCGGCCCCGGAAGCCUUCCCUCUCGUCCGGUCCAGACACGGCAUUUACGCCGCCCUCCCGGGCCAGCAGUCUCAAGGCUAGCGCCGCUCCGGCUGGCGGUGCGCGCCCGAGGGGGCCUCGGCUCACGGUCCAGAUCCCGGACGGCGUGUCGGAGCCCGGCAGUGCCACCGGGGAGUCAAUCUCGCCUCACAAUCCCGCAGUCACUCCGACGAAUGCACCGCAGCGGCACAACUCGCACUCGUCGGUUGUCCUCCCGCCUCCUUCGCCGUCGGCAUCGGCGCUGCUGUCAGCGGGGGCCAGUGGCCCGCCGAACCCCUUUGCUCGACCGCCGCCCCAACAAAACGUCAACGGCGAGACGCCCGCAUCCGCCCUGCCAUCCCGCUUCCUCGGCAACGAGCUGCUCCCUAGUCCGAGCAGCUUCUAUCCGGACUGGAAUUUUCGCGGCAGCGACAACCACACGUUGCCGAGUCCCCUCAACUUUGCUACGCCCGUCGUUGGUUCCGGGCCGAGCUUCUUGCGAGAGGACAACCACGCCCUGGGCAACACGGCCAGCAGCAACGCCGGCACCGCGGCCACUGGAUCAGGCAUGGCCGCCGGCACGACGGCCCCCAACAACAGCAACGGCGCCUCAUGCGCGGCGUCGGGCGGCCUGAAGCGAAAGUCGCCCGACUAUGGGGCCGGCAGCCUGGGCGAGAAGCACGGGGCAACUGCUGAGCCCAAGAGGAUCAAGGUCGAGUACGCAUAA